AUGAGGAGUAGCAGGAGACAAGGAGACGAGGAAAUGAGGAGACACAGGAGAAAAGGAGAUGCAGGAGACACAGGAGAGAAGGAGAAGCAGGAGAUGAGGAAACGAGGAGACAAGGAGAGGCAGGAGAUGAGGAGACACAGGAGACGAGACGAGAAGAAGCAGGAAACACAGAGACAAGGAAAUGAGGAGACAAAGAGAAAUAGGAGACACAGGAGACACAGGAGACAAGGCGACGAGGAGAAGCAGGAGAAGUUUAACUCAUCUCUCCUCCCCCACCAGUUUAACAGAACAGAGCUGACAGAGCUGGAUUACGCCGUCUGGCGCUCGGAGUCUAUGACCUCAUCCUUUUAUCAUUGA